UUGUUUUGGCGUCAGCUGCGCGCUGUGAUGACGCCACGACGCUAACGCCCGAGAAUGGCGGCGGCGGCAGCGGCGGCGGCGGAGGCGGUGGCCGCGGUCACUGCCUGGAGAUGGCCCACAGAGCCGCCGAGACGCCGAAGAGCCCGCCGCCCGCGCGAGGUGUAGACGGGGCACUGCCUUCAGAGCAGGUCCUGCCAGCCUCGCUGGAGAGGAUGCCCUCGUGUCCGUGAUGGGCUGUGGGACAAGCAAGGUCCUUCCCGAGCCACCCAAGGAUGUCCAGCUGGAUCUGGUCAAGAAGGUGGAGCCCUUCAGUGGCACUAAGAGUGAUGUGUACAAGCACUUCAUCACAGAGGUGGACAGUGUUAGCCCUGCCAAAGCUGGGUUUCCAGCAGCAAGUCAAUAUGCACACCCCUGCCCCAGUCCCCCGACUGCUGGCUACACGGAGCCUCCCUCAGAACCACCACGCAGGGCCAGGGUAGCUAAGUACAGGGCCAAGUUUGACCCACGUGUGACAGCUAAGUAUGACAUCAAGGCCCUAAUUGGCCGAGGCAGCUUCAGCCGAGUGGUACGUGUAGAGCACCGGGCAACCCGGCAGCCAUAUGCCAUCAAGAUGAUUGAGACCAAGUACCGGGAGGGACGGGAGGUGUGUGAGUCGGAGCUGCGUGUGCUGCGUCGAGUGCGUCAUGCCAAUAUCAUCCAGCUGGUGGAGGUGUUCGAGACGCAGGAGCGGGUGUACAUGGUGAUGGAGCUGGCCACUGGUGGAGAGCUCUUCGACCGCAUCAUUGCCAAGGGCUCCUUCACUGAACGUGACGCCACACGGGUGCUGCAGAUGGUGCUGGAUGGUGUCCGGUAUCUGCAUGCACUGGGCAUCACACACCGAGACCUCAAACCUGAGAAUCUGCUCUACUACCAUCCAGGCACUGACUCCAAGAUCAUCAUCACCGACUUUGGCCUGGCCAGUGCUCGCAAGAAGGGUGAUGACUGCUUGAUGAAGACCACCUGUGGCACGCCUGAGUACAUUGCCCCGGAAGUCCUGGUCCGCAAGCCCUACACCAACUCAGUGGACAUGUGGGCGCUGGGCGUCAUUGCCUACAUCCUACUCAGUGGCACCAUGCCGUUUGAGGAUGACAACCGUACCCGGCUGUACCGGCAGAUCCUCAGGGGCAAGUACAGUUACUCUGGGGAGCCCUGGCCUAGUGUGUCCAACCUGGCCAAGGACUUCAUUGACCGCCUGCUGACAGUGGACCCUGGAGCCCGUAUGACUGCACUGCAGGCCCUGAGGCACCCGUGGGUGGUGAGCAUGGCUGCCUCUUCAUCCAUGAAGAACCUGCACCGCUCCAUAUCCCAGAACCUCCUCAAACGUGCCUCCUCGCGCUGCCAGAGCACCAAAUCUGCCCAGUCCACGCGUUCCAGCCGCUCCACACGCUCCAACAAGUCACGCCGUGUGCGGGAGCGGGAGCUGCGGGAGCUCAACCUGCGCUACCAACAGCAGUACAAUGGCUGAGCCGCCUGGCUCUGCACAUGUGCAGCACGGCCCAGCCUGGCCACACACUGCGGUGCCAUCUGUGCCUGAUGCCCUCUCUGGAGAUAGGCUCAUGUAGCCCGCAGUAGGUGAAGAAUGUCUGGCUCCGGCCCUUUCUCUGUGCCCUCAGCAGCCCCUGUCCUCACCAUGGGCCCGGGCCAGGUGUGACAGAGUGGAGGUAGCCCACGGGGCGGUGACUCCCACUGAACUGGGAGCCUGGCUUGGCACUGAUACCCCUCUUGGUGGGCAGCUGCUCUGGUGGAGUUGGGAAGGGAUGGGACCUGGCCUUCACUGUCUCCCUUGCCCUUUGACUCUUCCCAAAUCAGAGGAGCCUGCAGUGCUGGGUGAAGUGUCCUGUGGCCUCAGGACCCUUUGGGACAGUUAUUUCUGGGACCCCCUUUCCUCCACAGAGCCCCUCUCCCUGGCUCCACACAUUCCCAUGCAUCCUGAUCCUUUAGAUUAUGCUCCAGUGGGAGACCCUGGUAGGCACAAAGUUUGUGCCUUGACUGAAACCGUAGCCCCUAGCUAGAUCCAAACAACCCUCCACCUCCCAACCAAGAUCUGUCUUCCUUCAUGGUGCCCCGAGGGAGCCUUCCUGGUCCCAGGACCUCUGGUGGUAGGGCCAUGGCGUGGACUUUCACCCUUCUGGACUGUGUGGCCAUGCUGGUUGUCGGCUUGCCCAGGCUUCAACCUCUCCAGACUCUGAGGGGUCUCUGCCCACCAGCCCACUGCCCUUGGUGCCUUAUUUGUAGAGCCUACUGCUACCUCCCUCUCCCCAUUGGAUGUUCAUUCCAUUCUCCAGGUGCCUCCUUCCCAACUGGGAGGGGUUAAAGGGAGCCCCACUGCUGCUACCUGGGGGAUGGGGCACCUGGGGGCCAAGGCAGAGGGCAGGGGGCCCCUCCCCAUUAGGGUCCAGUGUCAGCCUGGGUUCUAUCCUUUGGUGCAGCCCAUUGCCCUUUCCCUUCAGGGUCUGUCGCUCCCUCCUCUGCAGCUGCACAAAGACGCCAUCUGGUGUCUGCAUGGGUGUUGGCAACCUGGGAGUGAUCACUGCACACCCAUCGUGCACGCCUGCCCAUCGUGCACACCCUCCCAUUGUGCACACCUGCCCAUCGUGCACAUCCGCUCAUCGUGCACACCCGUAGUCCUCCACGAAGACAUGGGAAGGUAGGAGUUGCCGCCCUGGGCGAGGGUCCCAGGCUGCUCACCUCUCCCCUUCUGCUGAGCUUCUGCGCACCCCUCCCUGGAACUUAGCCGUACUGUGUGACCUGCCUCUGAACCCUGGGUGCCUGGGGCACUGCCUUCUCACACCUGGCCUUGCCCUGUCCACCCUGUGCUGCGUCCCUUCACAGCAUUAACCUUCCAGUCUGGGUCCCGCUGAGUCGCAAGCUGGAAGGAGCCCCUGUGGGAGGUGGGUGGGGUUGGGUGGCUGCUUUCCCAGAGGCCUGAGCCAGAACCAUCCCCAUUUCUGUUGUGGUAUCUCCCCCUACCACAAACCAGGCUGGAACCCAAGCCCCUCCCCCCACAGCUGCCUUCAGUGGGUAGAAUGGAGCCAGGGCCUAGCUUUGGCCUUAGCUCAACUGCAGGGCCCCUGCCAUUGGGGGAGGGUUUGGCUCCCACUCAGCUUCUGCCAGUCGGCAGCCUGGGCCAGGCCCUCCUCUUCCUGCAUGUGCCACCUCCAGUGGGAAACAAAACUAAAGAGACCACUCUGUGCCAAGUCAACUGUGCCUUAGACACACCCUCCUGCCGUCCUCACUGCCCCCUGUGCAGGAGACAGUGGAGAACCAAGUCCCAUGGCCUCAGAAUUUCCUCCCAGUUCCCUAAGUGUCUCUGAGGACCUGAAGCUCUGGGGAUUAUGUUUUCUAUUGCCCAGGGUGGGCCUGGUCCUGAGGGCGGGACAGGGGGUUUGGAGAUGUGGGCCUUUGAUAGACCCACUUGGGCCUUCAUGCCAUGGACCGUGGAUGGAGAAUGUGCAGUUAUUUAUUAUGCGUAUUCAGUUUGUAAACGUAUCCUCUGUAUUCAGUAAACAGGCUGCCUCUCCAGGGAGGGCUGCCAUUCAUUCCA